AGCUUCUCACCAACGACAAGAGUUUCUUUGCAACACAAGCUCUCGACUCUCCCGACGGCUUCCACAGCUUCGUCUUCUCUUUCUUGUCGAGAGAAUCGAAGAACAGAGCGACUUUCGCAAGACGACGUCAGGGUCUUCUUUCCCCUCCAAGGCGGAUAGCGAAAGUUCGGCCAGACCCCGCCUAAAUCCUUCCUCUUUCUUCAGUCAUCGACCACAUCACCGUCCUCCAUCUUGGCUGUGCAACCACGACGCUUCCACCUCUCGCAGUCUUCUACCCUCUCGAUAUUGAUAAACCUCUCAUUCGGCGACGAUGGAUUCGAUGCGCAGUCUCAACACAUCGCUGCCGCGCACCUCGCCUCGUCGCACCCAACAGCCCCCCGAAGAACUCCUGUCGGCCUUCAAAGCCGCCGCUCUCUCCGUCACAAAUCUAUACAAGAAUGCUGCGUCUGAGCAGGCAAGAUCAAGAGCUGCUGGUUACCAAGAUGCACUGGACGAUCUGCUGUCCUUCCUCGACAAGGAAAAUCUUGGCCUCGGUGACGGUGAAGGUUGGAGAGUGAGGCAAUGGGCAACCGAACGCUUCGACGGAGGCAUUUCUGGAGGUCGCGAAAGCGAAGACGAGGAAGAGGAACAAGAAGAGCCCGUCCGCAGUUCUAGCCCAGAGGUUGCGAGGAAACCGACCGCUCCACAAGAACAACUACAACCACAACCACAACCACAACCUCAACCAGAGCCCGUCAUCAUCAACUCUGAGCCUAUUCAGCAACAACAGCAGCCACAAAUUCUGCGCUCAGACAUCACAGUCCCUCAAUCCGACACUUUCUCAUUUCGCUCCUCAAUGGCAUACCCCCCUCCACACCACGACCGAGAAGUCGACAUGGAUGGCACAAACAGCAUACCCUCCGACUCUCCUAACUCAACAACAUCCAACACAAAUAAUCCAGUCCGACUCGAAGUACACCCCAGACGACGAAACAAUCACAACCACAACCGCUCCAACAAUUCAAACUCCAACAGAAUAGCCUCUGUGAACCUAGGUUCCCUUGGCUCAGGCGCCGGCUCCAAGCGCAAAAACUUGGGCGACUUUUUCGACAUCUCCGGCCUAUCAUUUGGCAAUAACGGAAGAGAUGGUUCUGAUCGUGGAGGGAAGAGGGGAAGACAUGUCUAAGAGCUUUUCUUCCCUGGAUUGAUUCUGCGAUUUUCUUCUUUCUGCCACUGCACUGCGUCGCAUCAUACAACACACCCCCAAAUACCCAUUAGUUCUUGUUAGAUCAUUCUUCUUUUCCUUUGUCUGCGAUCUUCGGGGAGAUCAAGGAAGUAAUGAAUUACGAGAUGUCCCUUUUGUCCUUCUUUGUUUCUUGUCAUGCUGGUUCAGGCUUCACAUUCCGCCUUGUUCUGAAUCUCAUGUUUCUGGUCUUUUGCAUAACAGCGUGCGGCAUAUGAGAUGGCUGGCUGUUUUUUUCCCUAAUACAUACCAAAUGCGGUACUUUUCUUAUCGGCCUGGAGGAAUGACCCUGCUGCAUGGUUGAUGUCUCGAUCUUUUCAUAUAUACAAUGUUCAGUUUGGUGAUCUACACCCUACUUGAAAUGAAUCAACGCGA